UGGAGCUUUGCCUUUGGGGUGAACGUGAACACGGGGAUGCGUCUCUUUGACAUUAGAUUUAAGGGGGAGAGGAUUGUCUAUGAAAUCAGUGUCCAGGAUGCUAUAUCUGUCUAUGGGUCCAACUGUCCUGGAGGGAUGUCAACCAGGUACAUGGAUGGGAGCUUUGGCAUCGGGAGAUUCACAUACUCGUUAGUCCAGGGGGUUGAUUGCCCCUAUUCAGCCACCUACGUAGACACACACUACUUAGUUGAAACAGAGACACCUGAAAAGCAUAAAAACUCCAUCUGCAUUUUUGAGCAGAACACUGGGUCUCCUCUGAGGCGCCAUUACUCCAACUUGCAGUCCCUGUACUACGGGGGUCUGACCAACUCUGCUCUGGUCCUUCGGUCAGUUGCCACUCUGGGCAACUAUGACUACGUCUGGGACUUCAUCUUCUACCAGAACGGAGCGAUCGAGGCCAAAGUCCAAGCCACAGGCUACAUGACUUCGUCCUUUCUGUAUGGUGACGGUCUGGACUAUGGCAAUAGGGUUGGGGAUCACACCCUGGGGACGGUACACACCCAUUCCAUCAAUUAUAAAGUGGACUUGGACGUUGGAGGGGUGAAUAAUACUCUGGUGGCCCAUGACAUGGCAUUCGAGUCUGUGCAGGCUCCUUGGAGUCCAAAGCACCAGAUACAGCGCCCACGGCUCACCAAAGCGGUCCUGGACACCGAGGACAAGGCUGCGUUCCGGCUCCAUUCAAACAUGCCCAGAUACAUCUAUUUUGCAGCCAACAGUGAAAAUAAGUGGGGCCACCAGCGUGGCUACAGGAUCCAGAUUGUUAGCUUCACCGGGGAACAUCUGCCAGAAGCCAGUUUGAUGGAGCGAGCUAUCAGCUGGGGGAGGUACAAACUGGCUGUCACCAAACGGAAAGAGGAGGAGCCGACCAGUAGCAGUAUCUACAACCAGAACGACCCCUGGACGCCCACCGUGGCCUUCGCUGACUUCAUAGACAAUGAGACCAUCGUAAACGAGGACUUGGUUGCCUGGAUAACAACUGGUUUCCUUCACAUCCCACAUGCCGAGGAUAUUCCCAACACCGUGACGGUGGGAAAUGGAGUCAGCAUUUUCCUGAGACCGUACAAUUAUUAUGACAUAGACCCGUCCAUACACUCACCUGAUGGCGUCUUUUUCAGCAGUGAGCAGGACUCGAGUGUAUGUGAAGUCAACCAUAUUGCCUGCCUGUCCAAAAGUGCCUCAUGUUUACCAAUCCUCCCUCCGUUCACCUAUGACGGCUUCCAAAAUCUGACGAGACUGUAAGAGCUAUGGGCUGCAGGGUCUUUGGGUGGUAGAAGAAAUGAAUAUGAUGCACCAGAGGGACUACUCUGCUGAAAAAAUCUAUUUUAAUGAUGGAACUCUGUCUUCAAGUCCAUCUGUUAAUGAUGUUGUGUAGCUUUUUAUAUAGUAACUUCACUAUUACAAGGGGCUGUAUCUUUAAAGGGAAACAUAACAUUCUCAGUGCACUGCCAGGUUACAAUUUGCAUUAGUCUUUUUUAGAAUAACAUGUUUAAAUCCAGUCUGUCGCAUGGAGGGAGGCAGGGAGAAGGAGAGCCAAUUCUGUUCCUCUGAUAACAGUAAUAAAUACUGAGUAGUAACUGGCUCAGGUGAAAAUAAUGAAGCUUAAUUUUGGACCAACAUCAUCUCAAAUGCCUUAUUCUUAAACUGUUGCAUUGCCUGUGUCUACGAAGGCUGAAGGGGCUAAGAGUCUUAGCGUAAGCACAUGUGAAUAGCCGUAUCGGGUCAGACCAAUGGUCCAUCUAGUUCAGUAUCCUGUUUUCCAACAGUGGCCAUUCAGAGGGAAU